AUGAAAGACAAAACAACUAAAGCAAAAUAACAUGAUAAAUUGCCAUAGAAGCAAAAGGCUAUUAAAAAAUAAGAUUCAAAGCCUAACUGCCAUAAAUGCAAAUCUGAUGCAUAAGUAGUUGAUGUAGUUUAUGGAAAACCUGCAAAAGUUUUAAUUGAUUAAGCAAACAGAAAAGAAGUAUUUUUGGCAGGAUGUAAAGUAGACAAAAUUAGAAAAAAUUGGUAUUGUUAUUCUUGCGAACACAAAUUUAAUUCUAAAUCUAAGUGA